GGUAGUCAAGCGAGCGGGUGUGACAACGAUCAGCUAUGCCACCCAUGAAGAAGAAAGGGGACAUACGAAGCUUUUUCAUAAAGCAGAGUGAAAGACAGCAUCAAGACACUACAGAUGAAUGGCAUACGAUGGAGCAGCCAAUAUGUCAGGGAAAUUCUCAGGGGCACAGGCAGUGUUACGGCAUCAGGGCUUCAGGAAACUCAGAAACCCAGUAAAGAUGCUGUAGGGCAGGCUGAGGGAGAAGCAGCUGGACCUUCAGGGCUUCAGGAAACUCAGACAUCUUGGGAAGAUGUCAUAGAGCAGGAUGAGGAAGAAGUAGCUGGACCUUCAGGGCUUCAGGAGACAGUCAGUGAGAGUAGCAGUGAUCCUCAAGCAAGUCAGUGUAGCAGUGUGCUGGACAUGGGAAGUAAGCCAUACUAGCCUGAUCCAAAAUUCAUAAAAGUACAGAAACUUCCGAACAAGAAGUUACGGUUUCAGGCAAAGUGGUUUAGUCAAUAUCCAUGGCUGCAUUAUAGUCCUACUUUGCAGAAAGUUCUUUGUUUUGAGUGUGUCAAAGCAUACACCAUCAAAAAGACCACUCUAGAGAGAAGAAAUGACCCUGCCUUUUGCUCUAAAGGGUUUAAAAAUUGGAAAGAUGCCGUAGCAUGCUUUAAUCGCCACAAGAGAAGCAAAGCCCACCAUCAUGCUACUGCUGUCAAUGCACUGGAGCAAACUCCAGUGCACACACAGAUAUCCAAUUCGAUGGCUAGAUCACAGGAGGAGGCAAGGUAUUGUCUUAAGCAAAUCAUGGGCUCUGCCAGACUUCUAGCAAGGCAGGGAGUUGCCUUUCGAGGACAUGAUGUUAACGAGGGUAAUUUUUACCAUCUUUUGAAAUUCCUUGCAAUCAAGGACCCAAUUCUAUCCUCUUGGUUCAAACGUUGCCAUGAUUAUAUCAGUCCACAGUCCCACAGUCACAGAGUACUUAACUUUAUUUGCCAAUACAAUUGUAAGCAAAAUUUCCUCAACAAUCAGGUCCUUGUCUGUGCUUCAAUUUUCAAUCAUAAUGGAUGGUACUCAGGAUAUACAGGGGAAAGAGCAGGUAUCAAUAUGUCUCAGAUAUGUGGAUCAAGACCUUGUGCCACAGGAAGUCUUUGUGGGAUUGUAUGAGGUGCUAGGGACAACUGGUGAGCAGAUGGCUAAGAUAGCUAUUGAUGUGCUCCUGAGAUUGAAUAUUCCAAUCUCCGGUUUGCGAGGCCAGACAUACGAUGGAGCAGCCAAUAUGUCAGGGAAAUUCUCAGGGGCACAGGCAGUGUUAAAGAGAGAACAGCCAUUGGCUUUGUAUGUGCAUUGUGGUGCACAUUGUGUGAAUCUUAUAACACAGAGUGCUUGCAGCGCCUCUACCUUACUACGUGACUCAUUGCAGUGGGUCCAUGACCUUGGAACUCUGAGCAACCAAUCAGGGAAAUUCAAAGGGGUAUUGGCUAGCCAUCUAACAUCUGAGGGGCCUACCAAAACAGUUAAACCUCUGUGUCCAACUAGGUGGACAGUGCGUGGUCAAGCUGUUGAUACAGUUCUUAGCCAAUAUGAGGCUAUGUUGUGUAGUUUGGAGGAAAUGGCCUCAGUUGGUUCUGAAACUGGCACUAGAGCCAAUGGUCUCCUAGAACGCUUCCAGAAGGGAAAGACUGUUCUUGGACUGCUGGUAGCAUCAGAGGUGUUGGGAGAGCUUGAGUGCUUAAACAAAUCAUUGCAAAAGCAGUCCCAAACAAUUAUGCAAGCUGCUGUUGACUAUGUUAGUACAAAUCUUCAAGGGAAAAGGAGUGAGGAAAAGUUUGCAGAAGUGUUUGAGAAGGCAGUGACAAUGAUAGACUCCCUGGGAAUUGAACCUAUUCAACUCCCUCAUCAAAGAAAUCCCCCCAAAAGAUUCACUGGCGGGGCUAGUCAGCAUAAGCCCAAAACACCAGAGGAGUACUAUAGAGUAGAAUUUUUCAAGGUGUUGGACAGUUUGGACAUUCAAUUCAAGGAACGGUUUAACCAACCAGACUUACAGAAACUGAAACAGAUGGAGAAUGUUCUCCUCACUGGGCAGAUGAAUGAUGUGAUUGUACAGUAUCCAGAGAUAAACAAGGAUAUUUUGAAGGUUCAGCUACCAAUGUUUCUUUCGAAGCAUACAAUCACGUCAAGUGAUGAAGCUGCAUGCAUUCUGAAAGCAAUGCCAAGUGAGGUGAGAGGCUUAUUUGAUGAGGUUGAGAAGCUUGUUAGGUUGUUGUUGGUUGUCCCUGUGGCCUCAGCUGAAGCUGAACAAAGCUUUAGUGCACUGACAAGACUGAAAACUUGGCUACGAUCUACUAUGUCUCAACAGCGCCUUAAUAAUGUAACUGUAUGCCAUGUGCAUCAAGAGGCCCUUGACAAAGUGGACCAUAACAAUGUAGGCCAACAGUUUGUAUCUGUAAAUGACAGACGUAGGUAUCUGUUUGGAAAGUUUAGAUAAAAGGAAGGAAUCAAGAAAAUGUAGUAAAAUGUGGAAAGUAGCCAUAAUGGAGUAAUAAUUUUGGGUGCCAAAUAGUAGAAUAAAGAAGAUGUUUUUUGGUUUUUUUUUUUUUUUGGUUUAUUAUUUUACUCCACAAGUCUAGCCCCUUGCAACAGUGUUUUUGUAAGUAUAAAUAGACUACUAACGUACAUAGUAAAUUAUGUUUGUUAAUAAACCAAAUAUGGUUGUUCAGCAUUUCACAUUCCCAGGUAUUAACAUGAGUGUGAGUAUAUGUUUGAGGUACUGGAGGGCAAAUAGUGGCUAUAAUAGAAAAGCAUUAUUUUAUUUGUACAUUUUUUAUUUGUUUUGUUUUGUAUUGUUAAGUCCUGAAAGUACUUCC